GUGGGGGGUUUGGUGGGGGCUGGGGUGGGCGGGGUUGGGGCUUGGGUGGCGGGUGGGUCCUCGUGCCCCUGGCCGCCUGGGUCGAUCUUGGCACGCUGGGGGUGUCGGUAGCUGCUCCCUCUUGUUCUCCGGGUCCGCGUCGUUCACGGUGGCCCCGGUGGCUCUCUGGGGGCGCCGCCCUGUGGCUCCUACGGCCCGGGGGGAGGGGUGCCCUGUUGGCUUGGCCCUGCCUUGCCGUGAUUGCUGUUCUGGGCUUCGGGGUUCUUCACACUUGCAUGUUUGAUCAGGUCUCGCCAGCUACUGCCGAGUCCUAUUGUUAGCGAAUGAUGGGACCCGCCAGAAUAUGCUGAGACUCUCUCCAGAGUCUCUACCCUAAACUCAUUCUCUCUUUCACUAGUAUCCUCUUUUGGCCUAUUCUAUUCAAUUCUUUACUAUCAAGACAUCCACAAUUAUGGUGCUCAGUACCGUUUGUUUAAUUAUUUAUUGAAUCUCUUUUUCUUUUGUGUUGGUUUUCUUUUCUUCUUUUUUUUUAUUGAUGAGCAGUUAGUAGUUGGAAAUAACACACCACCUUACAAUCUUUAAUUGUAAUAGCACCACCUGUUAGUUUCUAUCCCUGUUCAUCCUGUUCGUCCUGUCCAGUCUUUCCCCCGCACAUCACUGAGGUGUAGCACUGCCCUCCCUUGCUCAUAAUAGGGAAUUCUAAUAAAGAAUGUCUGCCUAGCUUUCAGGGAGGGCCGGUGAUGGUCACACACAUGCACUAAAUAUUAAAAUAUUUGGCUACAAGACUAACAUAUGCAUCAAUCUCAUACAAUGUUGACACCUCUUUUGUGGAGUUAAACAAUGAGAACAAAUGCAGACAAAAAAAAAGGAACAACACCAUGCUCAGCACGAUCAGAAAGAACAAACCCGAGUUCCCGACCGCCCUGCUUGUGCUCCGAGGGAGACGGGUCCUCUCCUCCAAGUUCGCCUUCACGCGCUGGUCUCCUACCUGGCCAAGAAAAACAAGAACGUGUUGCUGCUCAGCACGUUCCACGCACGGGACGCGGACACCAUCGGCCGGAGGCGGCGUGCGGACAAUAAGCCCGCCGUCGUCCAGGACUACAACUCCAACAAAGGCGGCGUGGACAACCUGGACAAAGUCGUAGGCGCAUACAGCUGCAGGAGGAUGAUGGCUCACUGGCCCUUCGCCGUCUUCCACAACAUUCUCGGCGUGUCCUCCUACAACGCCUUCGUGAUAUGGAGAGAGCUCAACCUGGACUGGUUGCCCGGCAGGCGCAACAAGAGGAGGGUGGUUCUCGAGCAGCUGGGCAAGGCGCUCGUCGCUCCGCUCAUCGAACGGAGGGCUCGCCUGCCGAGCGCAGAAGCGGCGGUCGUGAAAGCCCAUCGGCUGGUGGCCACGGGGGGUGUCGGCAGGGACGGCGGCGGCGGGGGGGGGGGGUCGCUUCUUCUUCUUUUUCUUCUUCUUCCCCUUCUCUCCGUCCUUGGACGGAUCUUGUCUCGGCACCGGCCCCCUCGUCGAAGGCUGAGCCUCCUGCUGCGGCCCAGGCCCGGGCCCCCGGGCACGUCCUGGAGGACAUUGGCCUCCAGUACUACUGUUGUCCCAAAAGCUCUCUCAGACAUCUACAGUUGA